UCUCUCUCUCUCUCUCUCUCUCUCUCUCUCUCCCAAAUUUGGAAAAUUUAGGGUUUCAACAAACGCGAUCGAAUCACCCAUAAAUUUCAAAUUUGCAACUGAUAUCUUCUUGUUUGAAUCACUCGAUUUCAAUUUCUUUCUUCUUCGUUUGAUCCGAAAUAGUGUGAAGUGAGGCACCAUUUUUUCCGGGUGUGCGGAAUUUGUUUUUGUUUUCCCCCAAAUUGAAUUAUAGACGAUGAGCGAUAUCACCGGUGAUCUGUCGGCGGUGAGUGAAGCCAAAGGUGGUUCUGACGCCGCCCGGAUCUCGGAAGUUAAAUCAUGGCUCACCUCUCAGUUCGAAGCCGCCGGUAAAGAAGUCCCUAAUUUCGAGUACACUCAUCGGAGCAUUACCCAUUUGUAUAACCUCGCCACCGUGUCUCAAGCUAAGUCUCAGGCUGCCACCAUUGUCGCCAACGAUUUUCGUCUAAAAGCUUCUGAAUACCGUGCUCAAGCGGCUAGGAUUAGAGAGAUAUUGGAAAGUGCAGGAAUGUCACAAGAGAGUUUACCGUCAAAUGUGGUCUCUUCAGCUCAAGUUCUUGCAAAUGUGGCAAAUUUGUUGAACAUACGGGACACUGAACUGAGCAGUUUCCUUGUAGCAAUGGGAGACAUUUCUCUGAGGAAGACUGGAGUGGAGGAGAAAAGAGCUAAAGCACAGAAGGAUUCAAAUGCUCUUCUUGACUAUACAAGAAAAGCAAUACAGAGGCUGACGUAUUUGAAGAAAAUCCUUGCGCAGCUAGAAGAUGAUGUAGUCCCUUGUGAAUCACAGAUGGAGAAUUGGAAAACAAAUUUGGAAGUUAUGGCAGUGAAGGAGGAACAAUACAUACAGCAGUACAAGAAGUACGAGAUGUUACUCAAUCGUGUUGGCUACUCUCCUAAGAUCAGCCACAGAGAGCUGGUAGAAAUGGCAGAGCACCGGAAGGAGUUGGAGAAGAUGACAAAACCCGUCCUUGAUACUCUAAGAAGCUACCAAGAUUUACCUCCGGACAAAGCUCUGGCCGCACUAGCGAUCGAAGACAAGAAAAGACAGUUUGCUUCUGCGGAAAAGUAUCUAGAAGAAGUAUUACAAUCAGCCCUUGAGACAAGUGAUGAGUGAUGAUAUAAAUCCAGAAAAAUAUUAUGUUUUGGGGUGUAUAAACGUGCAACUUGUGUGUUUGCUACCAAAUAGCCGAGCAGAAGAUAAGAAAAUUAGAGAGGCUAUGCAUUGCUUUAUAAACUUACCCUUUUACUGAAAAAAGCAAUGCAACAAUCUUUCUACGGAACGGUUUUAUUUUGAAA